AAUGAUAAAGGACCGAGUCGGUCCUUACAAUACAAGAUUUUCAACUUAAUAAAUAUGAUUAGAUUAAUUUAAGCUAUGAAGUAAUUUGAUGGGAUGAGACAGAGAUUUAUAACGAAACAAAAAUGGCCUGUUGUACUAGUAGAGACACCUUUGUAAAUCCAGUUCUCAAAUACAUAUUGUUUUUCUUUAAUUUUACUUUUUGGCUUGCUGGAAUAACUCUUCUUGCUAUUGGUACAUGGGCACAUCUUGAAAAAGAAAGAUUUUCAUUUGAUGAUGUGAGAUCAGUGUUUGAUUUUAUCACUGAUCUAUCAAUCCUGUCUGUCAUAAUUGGAUGUCUUAUGUUUUUACUAGGAUUUUGUGGAUGUUUAGGUGCACUCAGGGAAAAUACAUGUCUGGUUAAAGUUUAUUACAUUUCAUUAUGUGUAAUCUUCCUGGGCCAAGUUGGUGGUGCAGUCUAUGUUUUUCUCAAAUCAAGUGAAUUCAAAGAACUGUUUGUUAAAACAUUGAAAGAAGAGCUUAUACCACUUUAUACUGAAAGAGGAGACAAAAAAAUGCUUGUUGAUUGGAUUCAAGAAGAACUUGGUUGCUGUGGGAUGUCUGGUGAUGGGUACAAAGACUGGAACAAUAACCAAUACUACAACUGCUCAAAAGAAAACAAAAGUCCUUUAGCCUGCGCUGUGCCACAUUCAUGUUGUGCUAAACAAGAUACGUUUAAGAAUGGAGUCCCUAACAUUCUAUGUGGAGCCAACUCUUUGGAUGAAAAGUCCCACAGCUCAACAAAUAAUAUUUACAUUGUUGGCUGCGUCUCUGCUGUGAUGAGGGUGGUUGAGAAUAAUCUCCCCAUCGUAGGGGGUGUUAUCAUAGGUUUUGCCAUUCCUCAGAUUCUUGGUAUAGUGCUAGCACGCACACUUGAUGGCCAGAUAACAGAUCAGCUUGCCAGAUGGAGACGCUACAAUCAACAAAGUUAAACAACCAGCUUUAAUUGCUCAGACAAUCUGUUAACAUUUGUUGCCACCUUGAUUGAUACAGCUGGUAUGAAAAUGCUCAAACAAAGUUUGUAUGGAAUUUAGUUAGAGGCGUUAUUCAUGAGGCUUGUAAGUUACCUAAAUUUUCAACUUACAAAAAUUUUUUCACACCCAGAUUCUAUUGCUUAAAAAUGUGUAUUUGAAACUAUAUUGCAGAAGCUAUAACAUUGUUUAUGCAUUGAUUCAUUCUAGGGCAGCAUGCUUUCUUGUUCUGUAUUUUAUUUUCACUAACAUUUAUUGUUCUAAAUACUUAUUUCUUUUGUUCUGUAACCUUUUUUAAAACAAGUUAAAUAUAACUUAAUAUGUUAUCUGGGAAAGAUACUGUCAGUUUAACAAUAAAUUUUUACUUUCGUUGUCUUAUGACACUAUUAUUUGCAUCAAAAUUAUUUUGAUCAUAAUGAAAAGUUAUUUGCAAUUUUAGGUAUCUAUUUCAUUGACAUUAAGGCAGCACUUCUAUGCCUUAUCUAAUGAUUUUUUAAUAGUGUGAAAUUUAAAUUGCAACUUUGGUAACAUCUGUUUUAUUAUUAGAGAUGUGUAUGUAUACUAAUUAUCUCCUCUUUUCAUUAGACGUGUGUAUUUUUUUACACUCUAGUGCUUUAUAAUGAAUAUUUUGUAGUUAAUUUUGCAAGAAUGACUUAAUUUUGUAUUUUCAAGAGUUAGUUUAUACACCAUCUUAAGCAAUAAUUGGUAAUUUUACUUUUCGGAUGUUUUUUUAUGAGGAUUACUUAACUAAUUGAAUUGGUUGUAAAACUCAUUAUUUUGGAUGAGUUAUCAGUUUUCAGGAUUUCAUUUCAUGCAUUGAUUUUUGUCAGCACAAAAAAAGGUUCUUCUCAAAUACAGUUUUAAUUUGAUAGACAGAAACUGUUACUGCUAUGUAGUUUUAAAAUUGAAGUAUGAUUUCAAAUUAAGUUUGAUUGCAAAAUACUAAGAAUACUACAAUAUUGUUAGUUUCUUCUUCAAUGUUCACAUUCUUUACAGUGCUUAUUGGAUUUGGUGCUAGUUGUUCCUAGUCUACAUAUAUUCCAUGCAUUUUUCAACUCUAACUGUUAGUUAUUUUGUUGCUUUGUGCUGUCAUGCUUUAAGCUUUGAGGUUAACUGACUAUUGUACUCAUC